AUGGCAGACAAGCCAAACAUCGCCACCAUCUCCGGUUCUAAUGCUCAACCUGCCGACGAUGAUGCCACGCUGAUGCAACAGCUCGAAGAGGAACUCAAAAACACAUCCAUUGACGACGACGACGGCGUCUCCUCAUCUUCCUCAUCCGCUUCCAUCGCCUCUGCAAAGGUCCAGGCUAACAUGCUCUCUGCUAGGGAACAGGAACUUGCCGACCAGGGAAUGCUGGAUGGAGUUCAGAUCUUCUUCGAGAACCAAUUUGUUGACGCACAGCGGAUCUUUGCAACUCAGGACCAGGUCAACCCUGUUUACGCCCUCGGUUCUGGAGCCCUUGCCUUCAUGAAAGCAUGUAUGACAUUCAACGAAUCCGACAUCGCGACGGCCACAAGGCUCCUUCAGCACGCCGAGGCGCUGUGCAAUGCGCAGAUCCAGGCUGCACCCAAGAAGACUGUGCCCCUGAUGACCUCUGUCUCGAAGCUGGUCUCUUCAGGGUGGAGCUACUUUGGCUACAAGGACACCAACAAAUCCAUGAGCAACAGCCCUGCAGGAACUCCUCCGCCACCGCCACCAAAAUAUAUGACCAACGGUGAAAUCAGAGCAAGAGUUAUUCGUGCAGAGAGUUUGCUCCUGACCUCUUUGAUCCUCUUGCUCCAGGAAAGCAUGAUGAGUUACCUCAAGGCGGGUCUUAACUUGCGCAAAGGAUACAAAUCGUACGAGAACGUUUGGCUGGAGCUCAAGUCCAUGGGCGAUGAAGUCAACACCCUCGUCGACAACAACACUCUUGGAGGCAUCCAUUUCGGGUUGGGAACAAUCAACACUGUAUUGGCGAUGAUGCCGGCCAAGAUCCUGCGGAUCAUCUCCUCGUUUGGAUACACAGGCGACAAGGCAUUCGGAUUCGACUUGGUCUCAAAGGCCAUCUCGGGCAAAGGAAUCCGCUCCCCGCUGGGCUCACUUAUGUUCUUGUCCUACUAUACCAUCCUGGCCGGGUUCGCACCCUCGGUCCUGGGCGAGACCAACAUUCCGAUUGCGGACAAAAUUCUCAAGGACGCCCUUCGGGACUACCGUGAAUCGGCCUUUUUCCUCUACUUUGAGGGCCGCAACAGCCGUCUCAAGGGCAACAUCAAGGAAUCGACCGAUGCGUUUGAGUUGGCUUCUAGUAAAGCCACGAUCGAGUGGGGAUCCGAGUUGCAGAGGUUGUGUGAUUAUGAGCUCGGAUUGAACUGUGCCAUUUCGCUCCAGUGGACGGAUGCUACUGUGUACUUUGAGAGGCUGGCCAAAGAGAACUAUUGGUCCAAGGCUUUCUUCUUGUACUUUAAAGCAGCGUCGCUUGAGGCUGCGGGACAUAAGAGGGAUGCGCUGGCGAUCUACCAGUCGAUUCCUGGACUCGUGAACCGCAAGUUUGGAGGACGCACUAUCCUGGUCGAGCAAUAUGUUACCCGCAAGGUCAAGCUGUUUGAGCUGAACGGAUUCGAGGAGACCAACCUCCCCGCGCUUGAGAUUCUCUUGAUCUGGAACGCCUUUGCAUCCAUGACCCCACAGGAUCUCCAGACAUCGCUCGCCCAGGUCGAUGCUCAGAUCAGUAAGAACCGUGGUUCGACUGGACUUGACUCUUUGGCAGUCCUCAAGACCAUCAAGGGCGCUAUCCUGCAUCAACUAGGCCGUCACAAGGAAGGUGCCGAAUGUCUGAACUGGGUGAUGGACCUGCCCGCUGGAAAGAUUGCCGAAGAGAAGUGGGUGGUUCCUUUUGCUUGCUGGGAGGCUGGUGUUGGAAGCUGGAUGGAGGAUAAGGAUCUGGAGGGUGAUCGUCGUUGGACAAGGGCCAAGGGGUUCUGGGACAAGGCGAUGGGGUUCUCGGGGUACGAGUUUGAGUUCCGGUUGUCGGUUCGGAUCCAUGCCGCCAUGAUGCGUAUUAACGAUAUGGUUGAGCAGAUGAAGUUGAAGGCCGGUCAUUAG